UGUACUGAUCUUGAGAUGAAUAAGAAAAAACUUUCACUUGAGUUUACUUUAUUGACAGCUUAAAAAAGGAUGUAACAAGGUUGAUAAAAUGGUAACCGAAUGGUAUUAGUGCCUAAUAUGCACAUAAAAUGGAUGCCUGAGAUGUAUACGACGAUAAAAAAUUCAAGCAACCGAAUGUGUACGACGUAAAACAGCCUUACUAGUAUGCAUGAAAAAUACUCAUUGGCUAGUCAAUCUGCACAUUUUACAGUUGCCAGGUAACAUCUUGUUCGUCAACAAAAAUUAAUUUCCGUCUGUAAGCAGUGGUAAUUCGAAACUGGAUGAAAUUAGUAAUGAAAAAAAUGCGUACCAAGACAGAAAAUUGUGGAUUAAGUGUUCCUCUGACAAAAUUAUUCGUCAGACAACAUAUGCGUCACCAAGUGAGAACUCUUUUCCGGCGAGAAUAUCUUUUUAAAUUCCUAAAAUAUCUUGUUUAAGUCAUUUUCCGUAUACGAGUAGGUAAAAAUCUUAACACAACUACAAUCCUGGACAUAAUAUUAUUGGAAAAGGUCGAUUUUUGGCUAUUUCUCGAACUGGUCAAAUGAAAUCGCCUUGUCAAAACUCUGCAGCCGGCAGGCUGCAAAAAUUUUGCUUUGGGAGAUGUGUAGGCCAGGUAAAUAGCGUCGAAAAUGCGCUACGCAUUUCGGAACAAUCCAUAGGACGGCGCGCUAAGGUGCUAAAAUUCCGGGAAACGGGGUGUGCUGACGUCAGCAAUAAUUAGUACGGGUUAAGAAUUUGAAACUAACCAACUAACCUAAAAUCCGAUCAUUGACAAUUGAGCUUUGUAAAGUUCGUAAUGCUCGAUUUAUAUGUACUUAUAUGAGAAAAAUUCAUAUUAGAUUUAUUUAAACUCAUUUUAUUUCUAGUGAAGGUUUAAUAUAUUAGCCGACAUCUCGGCCGUGCCAGACAGCCCGGGUAGUCGGACCAGCUUGCCUCAUAUAAUAAUCCUCUUAGGAUCUCGUCGAAAUUUUUAAACCUAAAACCAUUGCAUGCGCUUGCAAGUCGCAUAACAUGCACAAACCAAUCUACCAUUGAGGGUGAAAUUUUAAAGCAAGAAGAUUUUGUUGACCAACUUUUUAACAAAAUUACAGGAAUGGUGACACAUCCGACUUGUAAUUAGUUAAAUUGCCAAUUUAGCUUACCUUGGACGGAGUAUUUUAAACCAUUUAGAGCCAUCCGCUAUCCGUGGACGUCUUUGUGCGCCAGACAUGCAAGCUUGACAAAUUUUUCCCGACCCUGUAACGUAUAAUAUUCAGAAAUUUAAUUUUUUUUUUGGUAUUUACACGAAAUGAGCACACAGCAUCGCAAGGUUGGUGCUCUGCAGCUGUUAGGCUUCAAAUGUUCCACUUCAACAGGGGUUAGCUCAAGUAUCCAACGUCGAAAAUGUACUAGUUGCACUAUCUACAAUGUCCACAUGAUGGACCAAUAUGCGCUACAACUCAAAAAGUUUCAAAAUACCGUUAAAUUUCCUAUGUCUUAAGUCCGAAGUCAGUCCUAAAUCUAAAGUUAGAACUGAGUACUAAGUUACCCUUCAACAGUGAAUAUGUUUAAACAAACCUUAACAAGUUAGGUGUGCAAUUUGCAUAGAUAGAAACGGCGUUCUUAAUUACGUGUGGUUGCGAUCUUUAAAAUUUCGCGUUCUUCCAUUAUAUUAUGACCUAGAUUGUAUCUCCCAGCGGAUAACUUAACAUGCUUACUUUCUUUCGGAAGGGAGGAAGAGCUAAGAUUAGAAUAACAAAUGCAAAUUCUUAGUACUCAAUUACUAAAUUUUACGUCAGUUCAAUUUAACCUAGUUUAUACGCGGUAAUAAAAACCCGUGCAUUUAUUCAUUUCUCAAAACACGAAAAAAAGUAAAAAAAUUCUUCGUUUGGAUGAGAAAUUCUCAUUGUAUACACCCUCUACAGUGAAGGACCUCUCACAACAAUCAAUCACCUACAACGAACUAUUUCCUACAGAAAAUCAUCGCCAACAAUAAACCAGCGUCUGCUAAAAACCACCUGUUACCGCAAAAUAUCUUCCUUACCCCCUUGCAAAAUAUUAUCUCUCAUGUAUCAAGCCUCUUACAAUAGCCACAAUGAACCAACUCAACAACAAACUACUCACAACCAGUCUCAUUCUCAGAGCUCUUCUUCGCUUUCUGGUACGUGUACUUGCGCAAAAGAGCAGUACACCUUUUACGCGAGCCAAAUAUCGUUAACCUGCGAACAAGAUUAAUCCACAGCGGCAACCACCCACAAUAACAAUGAACUUCUGCAGUUAACUAUCGCCUGGGGGCCCUAAGACUUUUAUAUUACGUCGCAUUAUAUUUUGCUUAUUUGUGCUGGUAAUGUCAAUAGCUACCAGGUUCAUGCCUCUUUGCAUUGCAAAUCUUGAAGUAUGGUACUUCAAGAUUUCAAAAUUUAACUGUACCUGCCUGCUGCAAACUUUAAAGAGAGUCAGAAGAAUUUUUAAUAAUGCCGAAUUUGAUUUAAACAGUGACAAUAUAGAAAAAAACUUCUGUCAUUAUUGUUAAAGUUUGUUUGUACAAUCAAAAUUUUUCUAAACAAACGUUUUACCGCAGCAACGACCUUUGAGUCAGAUGAAAUACGUUAGAAUUAGAUGUUUCAUCCGCAGUUAUGUUAAAUAAAAUAAUGGUGUGUAGCAUAUCAGAACGCUUUAGACAAACAGAUAUUAUCUGACCUGCUAGUUUUACAGAGGACUAUCGCUGAAAGAAAAACAAAAAAACAUAAUGAACUACAAAAAACCGACGAAAACAACUUCGAGCUCAACGAAAAGGUUCUACUGUUGUAGUCAAAAAAAAGGGGUGAUAUAGAUAGAGCAGGACUGUUCAGAGAGUAUUAUAUUUUUGUUUCAUUUCUUGGAGCUCGUAAUGGCGUUGCUAAUUUAGUUUAUUGUUGUAGAGACCUCUCUCUCUCUUUCUUUUGUAUGUUUACUGAGCAGAUCUUGAAAUCAAAACAUUCUAUGUAAUAGACAGAAGAUUCUGUUUUUAUGAAUCAAGUAAAUGUAGUGUCAAUAAUACCUUUUUUUCUCUAAAUUUAUUUAUCCAAUGCGCUGCGAUAAAUAAAUAAAAAAUUCCAGGAUAUGCUUGCCUAUACGAAGCCUACUUACUGUGCUGAAAAAAUCUGUGAUGUUCCCUUCUGGAGAUACGGUACUAGAUUCUUUUUCAAAAUUUGGGUACAAUUUUAGGUAAACAAAAAAUCUGAAUUUAUUCUCAGUUUCCUUUUUAUUCUGAAGUUAUUUUUAGCAGUAUGUUACUCCGAUUUUUGGCCCCGAGGCCAAAAAUAGGACGAAACACAUGCAUUUCAGAUUUUUUUAUAUUUUUUGUAUUUCUGAUACUAUUAAGAACGUUACGUUAAUAAUUAAAAUAAUUUGGCUGAAAACUAACACUUUUUUUGUUUUUAACAUAGAACCACUAUUACUGCAGAAUGACUACAGUUUGAUUUGCUAGUAAUUUAAGUUUUGGGAAACCCCCUUUCUUAUAGAGUUGAUUGCAAGACAAGCUCGUUUAACAAGAUUUCGAUUACUCAAAAUUUUAAUUAUAAAAUUCAUUAUUAUUCGAUGUAGCAAAACAUUCUUCCGUGAUUACUAUUCUUUCACGCUAAUUAGAUUAGGGAGAAUAAUUGUCGCUUUGCUACUCAGGAAUAUUUACUGAAAACUUGAGUGCUAUAGAAAUGUGAGGGUAAAAUAAGUGUGGAAAAAUUUAGGGAGGGGUUAUUUUGUAGUAAAUUUUACUUCACUCCCUUUCAUGGUUUAAUAAGUGGGCACGUAUCCUCAAUUAUUACAUACAGAAAAUUAUGGUGACCAGUAUCCCUUUAAAAAUCCGGAUUUCUAUUUCUGGACUAUAUAUUCAAUAUUUUCUAUCAAAUAAUUCAUGAUAUUCUACCCCUCCUUUUAACGAAUCAAAACUGCUUAUUGCUAAUUUAACUGUUCUUUUGCUUUCUUUAUGAUCAAUUUAAUGUUGACUUCAAUCAUGCAUAUUGUCGAAACAUUAACGUCUUUUCUUUAAAUUGAACUAUACGUCUGAAUAGUCAGAUUUAUCCACCGCAAUAAAGACAAUAUUUAACUCGGUUGGGCCUCGUAAAAUAUUGUUGUAACAUCGAGUGGACAAAUUCGAUAUUUAGCAAAAUUACAGCAAUAUCUGCCAAGCAUAAUACACUUGAAAAAAUGAUCUUUGACAUUUAUUUUUAGAAAUGGAUUGCGGUAGGAGGACACCAACGUUAUACAUGUUUGAACUUGACGCUAUCCCCCCUAAUUAUUAAAUAAUAAGCAAAACUAAUUACGGUUUCAUCAGGGAGUCACAGUGUAAAUCGUUAAUAAUUGCGUUUUGAUGAAAGUCAAUUUGAAUUUAUGUGAAUAUGUGUUUAUUUAAAUAUUUAAUUCCCUUAUCCUGCAAUAUUGAAUUUUUUUAAAUCUUUUUUCGAUUCAUGUGGGAGCCUUUAGUUCUAAUAUCGUUGUAUAUUAACUGUCACUGGUCAGUAAUUCGUCAGUUCAAAGCAGAACACUACACCGAUAACAUCAAAGCAGUAAAAAAGAUGAAGUCGAUUCAUUUAGUACUGCUUUUUGGUUUCGUUGCCGUUCUGUUUGCAGCCCAAGAUGGAGUCGAUGACAAUGAUGAUUUUGAAUUAGAUUCAUCACCAAGAGGUUUGCAGAAAGAUACUAUUGAAGACGCAGACACAGAGGAAAUUCCCGAUGAGAAUAAAGAGGAGGAAGAAGAUUCAGAUGAUACAGAAGAAAUUGAUGACGAUGACAAUGACGGGGUAGAAGACAAAGAAGAAGAAGAAAAAGAAAACGACGCAUUGCCGCUUCAACACGACGACAGCAUUAAAGAGAAAGAUGAGUUUGCUGUAGAAGAAAAGUCUGAUCCGACGCCAUUCUUGUUCUCACGGCGAAGAUAUUACCGUCGCCGUCGAGCUAUGUUGCGACGAAGAUAUUACCAGCGUCGUCGAUCUUUCCUGCGUCGUCGAUCUCUACUGCGUCGUCGAUCUUUCAUACGUCGUCGAUCUUUCAUACGUCGUCGAUCUUUCAUACGUCGUCGAUCUCUCAUACGUCGUCGAUCUCUCAUACGUCGUCGAUCUCUCAUACGUCGUCGAUCUCUCAUACGUCGUCGAUCUCUCAUACGUCGUCGAUCUUUCAUACGUCGUCGAUCUUUCAGACGUCGUCGAUCUUUCAGACGCCGUCGAACAAUUGGUUGAAUGAAAAGCUUGAUGUUAGGAACGCUUGUUUUUGUACUUUUUAAAAGUAAUAAAUAAUCUUUGCUACAUGUUUCUUAUGAAGCUAACUCCUACAGUGUUACAACGUUAUUUUUACAGUAUGUCCUAGAUUGACUCCAUUUUUGCAGGUAUAAAGAUGAAAUUUACAAGCCUUAAUUACGUCAAUAUAAUGUUCUUAUCAAAACACAAAAAAAUGCAGCAGCAAAUCUGCUUUUUUCAGACAAUCAAUAUAGAAAGUGUUGCGGAGAGGUUGCCAAGGCAAAGGCAUUAAGCACGGCAAGGAAAGGGCAAAGGCAGGCAAGGAAAUAGGAAGAGGAAUCAGGAAGGCAGGGGUAGGCAAGGCUUGGGAUCCACAGGCAAGGACAAAGUAGGCAGGCACCAGAAAAGGCAUAGAAAGGGUAGGCAAAGAAAGGCACGGUCAGUGCUGGCAAGGCAAUGGAACGGCAAGGCAGGGGUGCAUGACUUUAAUAGAAAAUCUCCACCUUAUAUACUCAAUAUGUCUAAGUUAAGUAUCAUAUUAGUCCAGGAGUAUAGAAAAUAUUGAGGUGCAAAUGUUUUAAAUUCAAUAUCUCAAAAAAAAGUCUCAAAUUUAUCUCAGGUCAAUACACAGUGAAUCAUAGCAGAAUUAUGUGCCAUUACAAGUAUUUAAACAAUCGGUCAUAACGACAUAUCAUUUUUUGAUAAAUCUGAGAUUAACUUGAUUCCAAUGACAACAACAUUAAAAAGUCAAGAUAUAGAAAUAAUCAGAGAAGUCUUCGAGAAAUGCAAAAAAAUUAUUAAAAAACGCCUUUUUUGGUUUCUUGUGCCUACCAGGUGUAUCAACACAAAACUUUUUACCAUAAAGUAGAUCUAUUACAAAAAACAAAGCACUUUUGGGCUCUAUAAAUGAAAGUGAUAAAUGUAUGAAACUCCCCCCUCUACGACUCAAAGAUUACCUAUUAUAUGAAAACCUGGUUGUUGUAGGUGCAAGAUAAUUAUGUUUUUCCUAGCCCUGUCCAGGAUUUGAACCUGGAUCUCUCAUUUAUAAGAGUGUCAUAGCCAUUAGACCAGCGGGGCAUAAACAUAAUUAUAUAUACAAAACUUUACAGGUGAAUAUUAUAUACACUUAGGAAUUUACAGCACACAGCCUAGAUAAUUAAACUUUUGAGAAAUGCUGGUUAAGCCACAAGUUACUGUGUUACCUGGCAUAAAGCACUUGUUGAAACAAUUAAUACAAAUUGUAAACUGUAUCACACAUUCAGGUGGAGCGCCUUAGUACAGGUGUGCACUAUAUCAUAAAUCGAGUGAAACACACAACAUUUAAGGUGUGUCGGGUGUAUAAUUAUACUUUUCAGAUUCACAAAAUAUAUAUUUCCUUCAACUUUAGCUUGAAUAAAAACACAAUUUACAUAUUGUGCCAUGUCAUAACGAAAACUGUCAGCAAGCUUUUUUUUAUUUUUCAC